AUGCGCCAUGUGAGCCAUCCUUCAGGCACUCAGGGCAGCUUUGCGGCACUGCACCAAAGUGGCAACGUGACCACUUGGGGUGACACUUGCACGGGCGGCGGCAGCCAGCACGUGCAAGACCUCUUGUGGCACGUUGUCGACCUUGUCGCCACGCGCUCGGCCUUCGCUGCCCUCCGAGCCGAUGGCUGCGUUAUCGCCUGGGGCGCUGGUCUCUCGGGCAAACUCUGGUCCGAUUGCCUAUGGGUGAGGCCUACAGACGAUCGCUGUGCCAGGGCAGCAUUGAAUCAGAUUCAAAUGCAUGUGGGGCUUGGAGUCCCGUGCUCGUGCAAUGCGGCUCGAGCAGCCUGA